GCUCUUUUUCUUUGUUAUGACCGAGGUUUUAGACGACGGAGAGUUCUGGCUUCUGCCCCAGUUUUUAACCGACGAUGACGGAGUUAAGGCUACGACCAAUACCAAGAAUCUUAAAGACAGUGAGGGUUUGUUUCCCUACGAGUUCUCUUGCGGGUUUGGGUCUUUCGGGUUUUCUUCGGAUCUAAGUUCCCCCGUUGAGUCUGUUCUUGGUUCUACCGAAACAGAGAGUGAUGGGGAAGAUUACCUUGCUGGGUUAACUCGUCAAAUGGCUUACUCCACUCUCAAAGACGAUUCCUUCCGAAUGGACCCCGCGUUUGCCUAUGAAAAUCCCAAGGGAUGGGUUUUGUCCAGUUCACCGCAAUCGACCAUGUGUUCGUUACCGAGCGGUUGUGGUUGUAAGCAAGGGUCUAGCCGUGGGAGCCCUAAUUGUCAAUCUCGGGUUUCAUCGCCGCCGGCAACAUGGGACCUGCUGUAUGCGGCGGCCGGGAAAGUAAAAAGAUUACGAAUGAACGAAGAAACAUAUGUAGGAUUCAGCAACAGAGGCCUUUUGGGUCCAUCAGCUACAAAACCUUCUACGAACCUCGAUGCUUCUGGCUUUUACCCUCGACAAUCACUUCCUCACAGUAAGCUGCGCACCACUCUUUUUCAGCAACUGAAACAAGAUCAGCUAAAGAAACAACGAAACGCGUUGGUUUGGGGAGGAUUGACGCAGCAGCAGCAGAAGCAUGUGGUCCAAAACAGAGGAAGGUAUGAUAAUAGGACAUUGGGUUUGUCCCCAUCUGCAUGGGCCCCUCUGCAGCAGCAACAACCCCAGCCACCAAACGGGUCGGGUAUGCGUGCUGUUUUCUUGGGCAAUCAAAAUGGUAAAAGAGAACGUGUUGGAACUGGUGUUUUCCUUCCUCGGCGUGUUGGAAACUCUUCUGAACUCUAUAAGAAUCCAUCUUGCUCUACUGUUCUGGUUCCAGUUAGAGUGGCUCAGGCUUUGAACUUGAAUCGCGAUGAGGUUGGAGCUCAACUCCAGCUUCACCAUCCUGGGUUUAACUCAAGUUUCACUUCUGAUGCUGCUGCAUCGAGGCCUCUAAGGGGUUGGAAUUUCGUUAGAAAUCAAAGGCAGCAGCAAGAUAUUAGCCAUGAAGUCCGGUUACCGCAGGAGUGGACUUAUUGAUUACUCAUCUUGCAUGCAGUGGUUUUACCAACUGAUCUGUUGGUUUUUCUUUUAAAGUCUUUUUGGGUAGAAAUUUGAAGGAUAGGAUAGAAAAGAGAAGAAAAAUUGAUAGUUUCCUACAAGGGAAAAUAGUAGAAUAGUGGUAUAUAGGCUUUAAGAAGGGAAAAUGUUGGUUUAUUAAGAAUAUGAAAACGAAAUGUUGGGUUCUUGGGUUAAGGUUUAGGUU